AUGUCAGUAAUUGGAAUUACUUUUGGAAACACUACCUCAUCAAUUGCCGUAGCCACUGAUGGCAAAGUUGAUGUCAUUGCAAACCCCGAUGGAGACCGUGCAAUUCCAUCGGCAUUGUCUUAUGUUGGAUCCGACGAAUACCAUGGAUCCCAAGCUUUGUCAAGGUUGAUCAGAAACCCAGAAAACACUAUUGUUAACUUUAGGGACUUCAUUGGUAAAAAGUUUUCAGAGAUCAACGAUGAGUUUUCCGUUGGUGCUAAGCCUAAAGAUGUUAAUGGAGAGGUUGGAUACGAAGUUACCAUAGACGGAAGACCCCAAACAUUGACCAUUAAUGAGGUGACAAAGAGACAUUUCAAGCAAUUAAAAUCAGCUGCCGAAGACUUUAUUGGGAAGGAGGUCGAGAGUGUUGUUUUAACUGUGCCUACAGAUUUCAAUGAACACCAAAAGGAAGAGCUCACCAAAAUCGUUGAAAGUGCUGGUCUUAAAGUUUUGCAAUUAAUCAAUGAGCCAUCAGCUGCUUUAUUAGAUCACUUGUCGCCUGAGGACAAAUUAAGCGAAGACAAACUUUAUGUUGUUGCUGAUUUCGGUGGUACUAGAUCUGAUGGAGCUGUAAUUUCUGUGAGAGGUGGUGUGUUGACCAUUCUUGCAACUGCACAUGAACAUGGGUUAGGUGGUGAUAAAUUAGACAUUGCUUUGUCAGAGUUUUUCGCCAAGGAGUUUGAAAAAAAGACUAAAGUCAACCCUAGAAACAAUGCAAGAUCAGUUGCUAAAUUGAAGGCCGAAUCAAUUGUCGUUAAAAAGACUUUAUCAAAUGUGCAAACCUCUACCUGCUCAAUAGAAUCUUUAGCUGACGGACUUGAUUUCCACACAAGUAUCAACAGGUUGAGAUACGAAUUGACCGCUAGAGAUGUGUUAUCUAAAAUGACAGCAUUUGUCGAAAAAGUCAUCAAGAAUGCCGGAUUAGAAGCUUUGGAUAUUGACGAAGUUCUUUUGGUUGGUGGAACUGCACAUACUCCUAAAUUAGCUUCCAAUAUCUCCUACCUUUUCCCACAAUCUACUAAAGUUAUCGCACCAUCAUUGGAUCCAAAAGCAUUGAACCCAUCAGAAUUGAUUGCACGUGGAGCUGCAUUGCAAGCGUCAUUGAUUGAAUCUUUUGAUGAAUCAGAGAUUACUGAAUCUUUGCAACCAAUCGUUGUCAACACCCAGCACUUAUCCAAACCAAUUGGUAUCAAAGAUUCAGAAGGAAACUUUGUGCCAAUCUUGGUUGCUGAGACCGCGUACCCAAUUAAAAAAUCAAUUGAAGUUACCAAUGGAGAAUCUUCAUCUGUUGUAGUCGAAUUGUAUGAAGGUCAAAGAACUGUUAAAGAAACUGUUAUAGAAGCCGAGAAAGAUGAAGAAGAUUCGGAAGAUGAAUCCGAUGAAGAGCCAGAAAUCGAAAGGGAAGUGGUUUACAAAGUUGGCGAUUUAUUGGCGGAGUUCUCAUUGAAGGACUUGAAACCAAAUUCAAAGUUGGAAGUUACCGUGAACAUUACCCAGAACGGUGCUUUGCACGUUUCUGGUAGAGAGUUGAAACAAGGUGCAGUGGCUGUUAAGGGUGAAGUUUCAUCUCAAUAG